CUGGGGGGAGGGACCAGGCCAGCCGGCUGCUGUUUGAAAAUGAAUGAUCGGCUACUCGUGUUGUAGUCGUUGACACCCCGGGAGACAACAUUUUAUUUACAUACAUACAAACCGAAUUGGGUUAAAGGAGAUUAAUUUUACACCUAAACCUCAACCCGGGAAAGAAUCCGUUUACAGAAAUGCAACUGACUGUGUGUGAGGCCGACGUCAUGUCUGAGAUUGGUGUGCUUCAGCAGCCUCACUCCGUCGCCUUCACAGAGUCAGGCAACAAUUCAGCAUCCCCUGGUCACAUUUUGGAGAUGGGCAAUGAGUCCUCAGAGGAAGAAGCCACAGUGGAAAGAGACGAGGAGACUGCUGCCUCCGAUGCAGUCACCAGCAACACGGAGGUCUCCAAUGAACACACCUUGAACACAAACACAGUAAGUGCCCGGCGCCCGGACUCUUUGUCAGUGCCAAGGGCAGCAGCACAAGAGUCCAGUCUGUGGACGAGUCAGCCCGAUGGGGAAGUGAAGCUCCGAAUGGAGACCUCCGGCCUGGCCGCGGAGACCCCACUGACGGUCCAUCAGCUCUUCACGUUGUCUGUGAGGAAUUUUGGCACGUAUACUGCUGUGAGUUGGAAAGAAGGCGAGCAGAAGAAGAGCUUGAACUACAAGGAGUACUACAAGAGCUGUCGCACAGCAGCCAAGAGCUUCCUUAAGCUUGGGUUGCAGCGUUACCAUGGCGUCGGUAUCCUGGGUUUUAACUCUGUCGAGUGGUUCAUCGCUGACGUUGGAGCCAUUUUGGCAGGUGGCUUCGCUGUGGGCAUCUACACGACCAACUCCCCGGUGGCAUGCCAGUACGUGGCAGAGAACUGCAAGGCCAACGUCAUUGUGGUGGAGAACCAUAAGCAGCUGCAGAAGAUCCUUCAGAUCCAAGACAAUCUGCCACACUUAAAAGCCAUCGUGCAGUACAAGGGUGCGCUGAAAGAGAAGAGACCAAAUCUGUACAGUUGGGCUGAGUUCAUGGAGCUGGGACGUGACGAGCCCGAUGCGUCGCUCGAUGAGGUCAUCGACAGCCAGAAGCCGAAUCAGUGCUGCACGCUCAUCUACACUUCAGGAACCACGGGCCACCCCAAAGGCGUCAUGCUCAGCCACGACAAUCUGACCUGGACGGCGCUCUCCACCAGCCGCCACGUGGGCCUGACGGUUGCCACGGAGUCCCAGGAGGUGGUGGUCAGCUACCUCCCCCUCAGCCACAUCGCCGCCCAGAUGGUGGACAUCUGGGUCACCAUGAGAGUGGGCGGGGUCACGCACUUUGCCGACCCAGAUGCGCUGAAGGGAUCUCUGGUGAACACCAUGAAGGAGGUGCGGCCCACGGCCUUCAUGGGGGUGCCACGUGUCUGGGAGAAGAUGCAAGAGAAGAUGAAGGCCACCGGCGCCAAGUCGUCCACCGUUCGCCGCAAAGUUGCCGCCUGGGCUAAAGACGUGGGCCUGCAGACCAAUUUGAGCAAGAUGAAUCAAACCAGACCAGCGGACCACACACCGUUGAGCUACCAAAUAGCCAAGAAGCUCGUGUUCAAGAAGGUGCGCAAGGCUCUGGGCCUGGACCGCUGCCACAGAUGCUACACGGGGGCCGCCCCCAUCACCCGGGACACUCUGGAGUUCUUCCUCAGCCUGGACAUUCCUCUGUACGAGCUGUACGGCAUGAGCGAGAGCACCGGACCUCACACCGUCUCCCUGCCGAAUGCCUUUCGGAUCACCAGCUGUGGCAAGGAGCUCCCGGGGUGCAAGACAAAGCUGCACAACCCAGACGAAGACGGGAACGGCGAAAUCUGCUUCUGGGGUCGGCACGUCUUCAUGGGUUACCUCAACAUGGCCGACAAGACUGGCGAAGCGCUGGAUUCGGAGGGCUGGCUGCACUCCGGUGACCUGGGCAAACGCGACCGGAAGGGAUUCCUCUUCAUCACCGGGCGGAUUAAAGAGUUAAUCAUCACAGCAGGGGGAGAGAACAUCCCGCCCGUGCCAACCGAGGAUGCGGUCAAGGAAGCCCUGCCGCUGAUUAGCAACGCCAUGUUGAUAGGAGACAAGCGGAAGUUUUUGUCCAUGCUGCUCACCGUCAAGUGCCAGGUGAACGCCGACGGCGCCCCGCUGGACGAGCUCACCCCGGAGGCCGUGGAGCUCUGCAAGAAGCUGGGCAGCAAGGCCACCCGCGUCUCCGAGCUGGCGGGCGGCCGCGACCGCGCCGUGAACGCAGCCAUCCAGGAGGGCAUCAACCGCGUCAACGAGAGAGCCACCUCCAACGCUCAGCGCAUCCAGAAGUGGCACAUUCUGGAGCAGGACUUUUCCAUCGUCGGAGGGGAGCUGGGUCCCACCAUGAAGCUGAAGCGGCCCGUGGUCUCCAAAAUGUACAAAGAGCAGAUUGACAACUUUUACAAAGAGGUGACAUCCCCGACCACCCCCGACAAUCAGCUGCCAACCAAAUAGAAAAGAGAGCGGCUCAUUUCUGGCGUUCAUCCAGUCGUUCCCCUGCUCAUGUUUUCUGAUUGCCUUACUUGUUGUUGGUUUACGUCUGUGGGUAAGAGGAAGCCAUUGUAAAUUAAAUAAUCUUUCAGAUUUUUUUUUUGAAGACAUUGUUCAUAAAUUCAAUUCAACUAUUUAUUUGUGUUACAUAUAGAUGUGAAGUAGCAGGAAAGAAAAGCUUGUUUGUGAUGAUCACUGAUUGCAGUGUAAUACUGUGUUCCCAAAAAAAUGUUUAGAGUAUGUUUGCGAAAACUGCUUUAAAAGAAAAAAGUGUAUUUUCUGUUUGUGUAGCCCAAAUUCAGGUGGAGAUACAUUUCAGGUAUUUUUUUUCCUCUUUAUGUCAGUUGUCUUAGCUGGCUUUCAAAGAUUUAAAGUAAACAAUUCCGAAAAGAAGUAUCGCAUUUAAAUAGUGUCCGCAUUCUACGCUUUAUCGAUUAAAAACGUGUCACCCAAGCCAUAUAGCGGACGUGAAACAAUUUGGCUGAUGUAACUGUGCUUGGUGGCUUUUGUGUUUACACUCUGAUACACGAUAGUGUACUGUAAAUAUGCUUUUUUUUUUUUUUUUUUUUUUGCUUUAAACCAAUAUGUGGAAGGAGAAUGAAACAAUGUUGCAGUACCGUCAAGUGACAUACAUAUCAGCUGCCUUUGAGUUCGAACCGCCGCUACCGUUCGUGGAACUUCUACCAAAUGUUGUGACGUUGGCAGCCAGAUGCGUUUCGAUGAUGUUUCUUACUUGAAAUCAAAAGAUGAUGGAAUGCAAAGAACUGUAAUAUGAAGUCUGAAAUGAAGAUGAUGUUGUAGGCCUUUGUAGCACUCCUGGGAUUGUUGGGAGAUGGUGAAUUUGGGUCGCUCAAACUUUCUCAAGUUCAGGGUUUAUGUGGUGUAAUUUAUAUCGAUAUCUAUGAUUUUUGUUUUCUUUUGAUGAGCGGAUUGGGGAAUGUGAGUAGAGUUACAUCAAAUUGUUUAUGCGUCACUGGAAUUUGUUUACUCCUUCCGCUCAUUUUAAUGAAGGAUGUUGUUCAACUAACUCAAAAGCAAGCGUCAAGCUGUGAUGUUUCCUGGAAACUGGACUCAAAUAAAGCUGAGUUGACUGGUUCAUGAGACACUUGUGCAAAAAUGCAGCACGCAAGACAAGGAUCAAUGUUAAUUACCAUAUAAUAAAAACUUGGA